AUGCACCGCUCUCUUCUCCUCCUCCUAGCCAUCUCAACUCUCUCGGCCACCGCUUGGGAUCACUUUCAAUUCGACAUCACUCUCUUCUGUAAUUUCCAAGAUCGAGCCAAAUAUAAUCUGAAAAUUGAGUGGUACGAGGUUGAUUCGGUUUUUUCUGGGGAAGAUCGAAUCACAACACCACAACUUCUGGAGCCCAACACGGGGAGGUUCAGUUUUUCAAUGCCUGGUGCGAUGAAUGGAGAUGAGGCACUUUCGAAUGGAUACAAACCGAAAGCAUACAUCAGCCAUGAUUGUACUGAUGAUGGAAAACGUGUUGAUUUGGACCUUACUGUCGUGAAGUUGUGUAACACGGAAAACACUUGCCAUUAUCGAAUUAUUCAAGAUAUCACAAAUCGUUCAGGAUCGGCAGAGAUCGAGGCCAGUGGAUUUAAAGAAGGGGACAUGUCACCAUUUCCAGACUUUCCUUGA